AUGCAGAUUCAGCCUGAGAGAAAUCCUGAAGUAGACCAAAUGCUAGGAUGCCACCCGGAAGUGGACCACAGACACAUCGCCCUCACUCUGUGGACAUGCGAGGGCGACCGCAUCAAGAACGCUGGAGAGAGAGCAAGUCACCAUGUGACGUCACAACAUCUGUUGGUAGCCAUCGACCUCGCCAUUGCUGUGACACGAAGGCAGAAAAGUAAAGUCACCAGAAUAAAGUGGUUCAAAUUGAAAGAUCAUGACCUAAAGCAGCAAUUUAAAGACCGAGUUCUAAGAGAUAUUGACCUGGAAAUCGAGGAUGUCAACGAAUGGUGGAACAGAGUGAGUGCAAACAUCAUCGGAAGGCCAGAUAGCAUACCUGUUGAAGUUUGGAAGGCACUAGAUGGAGAUGGAGUUGACAUAUUGCAUCAGCUCAUGAAAGAAAUAAUGGAAAAGGAAGUCAUACCAGAGAAGUGGAGUGUCUUAAUACUGAUCUUUAAAGAGAAAGGAGAUGUACAAAGUUGUGAAAACUAUCUUGGUAUUAAGUUGAUGUUCCACACCUUGAAACUGCUGGAGAGGAUCCUAGAUAGUAGACUAAGACAGGUAGUCCACAUCGGCAGGCAACAACUUGGAUUUAUGAAGGGAGUUGGAACGAUUGACGACAUCUUCUCGCUCAGGCAAACUAUGGAGAAACAUCAUGAAAAGCUGCAAAUGGCUUUCAUUGACUUAGAGAAAGCGUAUGACAGGGUCCCACGCCAAGAAGUAUGGAGAGGAUUGAAGGAAAGAGGAGUGCAAGAGAAGUAUGUAAGAAUAGUACAAGAAUGCUAUAAGGAUGUAUCAGCUAAAGUCCGGAGUACGAUCCGCCUUGGUGUAUACUAUACGCUGAUGACAUUAGUAGUCUUAGUAGAAGAGAGUAGAAGAACACUAGAGAGGAAACUAGAAGAAAGGAGAGUUGCGUUGGAAAGUAGAGGAAUGGGGAUUAGUAGAUCCAAAACUGAAUACUUCACGACGGAUACGAGUGGCAACCAGCAAGCCACAAUUAAGUUGAAUGGCACAGAUUUGAAGGGAGUAGAAAACUUUAAAUACCUGGGAUGGUAG